AUGAUAUGGGGCAGUGAUGAGGGCGGAAGGGUGGCGGUGCUGGGCGGUGCACGGUGGUGCAGUGGUCGUCGGAGGCGGUGGGGAGCCUGCGGGGGUGGGAGGCAGACGCGAAAGAGAGAAAGAGAGGGAAAGGAAAGAAGAGGGGGGAAAGGAAAAGAAGGUUGGGGCUUGGCAGGUGAGGCAGCGGCGGUGGGAGGAAGUGGCGGCGGUGGGGUAUGGGGGUGGGUGAGAGUGAGAGAAUGGGAAAAAAAGAAAGAGAAGGAAAAGAGAGAAGGGGGUGGUCGUCGGAGGUGCGGCGGUGGUCGUGGGUGA